AUGUACCGAAUUAGAAAUUACUUGAGAAGGCUCUUUGCAAACUGCGAAGGAUGCGGAAUCACUUUACAACACACAGAUCCUAAGCUUCAAGGGUAUAUUUCUGAGACAAAAUACAAAAAUAUUCUUACCCAGAACAAAAAAUUAGAAGAAAUAAUAAAGGAAAAGAAAGAGACUGAAGAUUUCAAGCUGAAAGAGUUCAAAAGAAACUUCAGGGAGCAGCUGAAACAAAUUAAUGAGAGCACUCUGAGAGGGACAAGAGAAAAAAUUGAAAGGAAAGCACGACAAGAAGAAAAAGAAGAAAAAAAGUCAAAAAGAGAACAGAUCCAAGAGAGCAUUGAGGCAAAAAAGCCACAGUUUAUGGAGAUUACUGAUAUUAAUGCAAUCGAAGAAGCACUUGCGACUGCUACUCCAAUGCACGAAUAUGCACAAACCCCUAAAUUGAAGCCAAUUAAAUGUGUCAGAUGCAUCAAUCUUUCAGUGCACAACAAAGUUGAUGGUACUUUGUGUGCUGUUACCCAUGCGACUUCUUUAGAAGUAAUAAAUUUGAUUUUUUCAGAAAUGAGGCACGGCUGCGUUAUUAUGAUGAUGACUGAUGUCAUCGAUUUCAAUGGAAGCUUCAUUGCCGAAGUCAUCGACGAAGCCAAAAAGAAAAAAGCAAAAUUAAUUCUUAUUGGCAAUAAGGUCGAUAUUUUACCUAAGAGCUACAAGAUAGAAAGAAUUGAGACAUGAAUAAAACAACAAAUUGGAGAUUUAAUUGAGGAUGCAGACGUCUGUGUUGUUUCGUCAAAGACAGGGGAAGGAAUGAAAGAUGUUAUUAAGCUUCUGGCUAAGUAUAAGAAAACUUUGCCAGAUGCCAGUUUUUAUGUGGUUGGAGCUACAAACUCAGGGAAAUCUUCAUUUUUGAAUUUAUUGACCAAAAUGACUUGGAAUCUGCCAGAAGAAAAGUACAAAAAGCCGCUGCUUGCAGAUGCCCUGACAGUUUCUAAGCUUGCAGGAACAACACAAGCUCCGAUUCCAGUAAAAUGUAGGUCGCUAGCUUUAACAGUUUUCGAUACACAAGGGAUUCCUACAGUUUCCCAAAUGACUUCCCAUUUAACUAAUCCUGAGGCGAUUUUUAACUUGAUCCCUUCCAAGCGUAUCCAUCCUCUGGUGUUUGUGUGCCACUCUAAGUUUUCGUUUUGGAUCGGAGCAUUGGCAAGAAUUGAUAUGGUUGAAGGAGACUUAAAAUUCAUGACAUUUUUUACAAAUAAUUUAUGCACAGUCCACAAAACAAAGUUUGAAAAAGUUGAAGACGUCUACAAACGACAAGCUGGUAAUUUGCUUUCCCCUGCUUUUGAUAACUCAUAUACAUUAAAAUGGCGACGGCGAACCAGCCCUUUUUCUCAACACCUGUAGCCGGGAGUCUGUUAGAACCCGGGGACCCUUGUGAAAAGGAAAAUUGGCGCUCGGGAUAUAUAUCUGGCUAAAUUUUUCCUUGGCACAGUGGAGCGCAACGUCGAACUUGGCCGAUCGCAGCUCAUUCUGAUACCAGGAUUUUUGCCUCAGGGGAAAUAGUUUUCCAAGGUUGAAAAGGGGAAGCUUAGCAGCACCAAUGAUGCAUACUUGGUCCAUCGGGCAAGUCCCUAACAUGAAACUGGGAGUUACGUCCCAGGCUUUGGAUUUCCAUUUUGGCCGACAGUCCUACCAGAAAAUUUGUUUUUCAAAUUUUCGGAAUAGGCAACCUCUGCUGACGUACUGCUGAAGGCUUAACUCAUCCAACUACGGGUAGCAAGUGCACAUCCUCGUCCAGUAGGAGCAACACACUAAAAAUCGUGAUCGAUUGGCGGUGAGCAGCCGGUGAAGCAACAACGGGUGAAGGUAGGCCGAGGGAAACCUAAGGCAUUACGACGGGCCUCUUAAUAAUAUAUUUAAUGUUAAUAUUAAUGCUUUUGAUAACCCAGAAACUAUCGAAUUUGAGAAAACGCGAGUAGAGAUACCAAGCAGUGAUAAAGAAAAAGCUAAUAAAGACAUCGUUAUACAUGGAUUAGGAUGGGUAGCAGUCAGUGGUCGAGGCAGCAGCACUUUUGAUGUAUGGGUUCCAAAAGGCGUAGGAGUCACCGUCAGACCUGCAUUAAUGCCAUUUGAAGCAAAAAUUGAAAGAAGAGUCCCUAAAAACAGAACUGCAAAUGCUGAAAAAAUCAUGGGAAGAAGGCCAAAAUCAUCCUAA